GGACGGCCGCGUGCUGGGAUUGGCUGGCCGCGCGCGAGCGCCCCCGCGGAUUGGCUGGCGAGGUUUUAGAGGGAGUCCCGCUCUCCAAUUAAAGCGGCCCGGCUGCGCCGGCUGCGCGCAGAGCUGCCCCCGCCUGCGUGCGGACCUGGCCAUUGAGUCCCCGCGGUCCCUGCCUGAGCAGCGCGGAGCCCCAGGAGAAGAUGGCAAAGGUGGCCAAGGACCUCAACCCGGGAGUUAAAAAGAUGUCCCUGGGCCAGCUGCAGUCAGCAAGAGGUGUGGCAUGUUUGGGAUGCAAGGGGACGUGUUCGGGCUUCGAGCCACAUUCAUGGAGGAAAAUAUGCAAGUCUUGCAGAUGCAGUCAAGAGGACCACUGCCUGAGCUCCGACCUAGAAGAUGAUCGGAAAAUUGGCCGCUUGCUGAUGGACUCCAAGUACUCCACCCUCACUGCCCGGGUGAAAGGCGGGGACGGCAUCCGGAUUUACAAGAGGAACCGGAUGAUCAUGACCAACCCCAUUGCCACUGGGAAGGAUCCCACCUUUGACACCAUCACCUACGAGUGGGCUCCCCCUGGAGUCACCCAGAAACUGGGCCUGCAGUACAUGGAGCUCAUCCCCAAGGAGAAGCAGCCGGUGACAGGCACCGAGGGCGCCUAUUACCGCCGGCGCCAGCUCAUGCAUCAGCUCCCCAUCUACGACCAGGACCCCUCUCGCUGCCGCGGACUUUUGGAGAACGAGCUGAAAGUGAUGGAAGAAUUUGUCAAGCAAUAUAAGAGCGAGGCGCUCGGCGUGGGAGAGGUGGCCCUCCCGGGGCAGGGCGGCUUGCCCAAGGAGGAGGGGAAGCAACAGGAAAAGCCAGAGGCCGCAGAGACCGCCGCCCCGACCACCAAUGGCAGCCUCGGAGACCCGUCCAAAGAAGUGGAAUACGUCUGUGAGCUCUGCAAGGGAGUGGUCCCUGCCGACAGCCCUGUGGUCUACGCAGACAGGGCAGGCUACGACAAGCAGUGGCACCCAGUCUGCUUUGUGUGUGUCAAGUGCUCCGAGCCGCUGGUGGACCUCAUCUACUUCUGGAAAAACGGGGCGCCCUGGUGCGGCCGCCACUACUGCGAGAGCCUGCGGCCCCGGUGCUCCGGCUGCGAUGAGAUAAUAUUCACCGAGGACCACCAGCGCGUGGAAGGCCUGGCCUGGCACCGGAAGCACUUUGUCUGUGAGGGCUGUGAGCAGCUGCUGAGCGGCCGGGCAUACAUCAUCACCAAGGGGCAGCUGCUGUGCCCAACCUGCAGCAAGUCCAAACGCUCCUGAACGGCUGCCCCCCGAAGCCAGAAUCCACAGGAUCCCACCAAGAAGGAGAGCCAGGUGUGCUGACCCCAUCCUAAGGGCCUAAUGCAAGAGCCAGCAAGCAACAUAAACAGCGAUUUGUUUUUCAGCGGGAAUAUUCUAGGUUGGGUGGUGGUGGAUCCCGGAGGGUCAGUAGUUUCAAAACCAGAAAUGUUCUAAGAAGUCUUAGGAUGGAGUGCUUUCUUGGUUUUGUUGUUGUUCCCCAUCUGCAACCAACUACAGACACAAACGGCACCCUGCAAGGGAGCUCUAGGAGGAAUUUCCCAGAAUGCAGUUCUGAGUGAUCGCAUCACAUAGCUAUAGAAUGUGAGUGCUUUUUUGUGGACGUGGAGCUCCUCCGAGAGCAGGCUGGGAUCCUAAAUAUCACUUGUUGCCUCUUUUUCAAGUGGAAUUUGAAUUUUAAAUAAACAACUUUUUUGUGGCAUGAUAAACAUAUCAAUAAAAGUUUUGUGAAUUCUA